AUGUCUGUAACUGCUACCUCCCAUGACAUCUUAAAGUCCAUUGAUGACUCUAUAUUACCUCCAGAAGAUACAUUAUCAGAAGCUAUGUAUAAUAAUGUAAAGCUAGAUCACUACUUCAACAAACUACCAAAGAGCUCGGAAGAAAAUAAUAUCAACGACCAGACAAAUCAGCUUAUAGUAUCAGCUGCACCCGAACUGGAAGAUUCCCCUGCUGCAGAAUGGAAAUUAUUAAGAACAUUAGCAGGUGCACACCAAGGGUGGAUAAGAGCGAUUGCAUUAGAUGAAAUAACCAAUAAAUGGUAUGUCACAGGGCUGGCCGACUCUACAAUAAAAAUAUGGGAUUUUGAAAAUAAUUCACUCAAAGCAGUGUUGACUGGACAUGUGCUAGGUAUACGUUCAUUGUGCAUUUCUAAACGUCAUCCAUAUUUAUUUUCAGGGGGUGAAGAUAAAUCUUUGCGAUGCUGGGAUUUGGAAAGAAGUAAUUCUGACGCGGGGUGUCAAAUACGGUCAUAUCACGGACACUUGGGAGGUGUUUAUUCUAUUGGCUUGCACCCUGAGCUAGAUGUGUUAUUCAGCGGUGGGAAAGACUGUGUCGUAAGAGUUUGGGACAUUAGAAGCAGGGUAGAAGCCAUGACUUUAUUGGGUCACACUAAUGAUAUAACAUCUAUUGAGACUGAUUAUAACGAUCCACAGGUUAUCACCAGCUCCAUGGAUGGAACUAUACGAUUAUGGGACUUGAGAAAACUGAAAACCGAGCUUUUGAUAACUAAUCAUUCGAAAAGUAUACGAAGCAUGAAAUCGCAUCCUAAAGAAGCGACAUUUGUAUCUGGUGAUUCAAACGGCGAAAUAAAGCAAUGGCUUUUACCAAAGGGUGAAUUGUUAAAUGAAUUUGGAACCAGCCAACUACUGCCAAACCAAAGAGAUAAUAGCAGAAUUAUUAACACUUUAGCGAUUAAUCCAGUUACAAACACUUUGUUUUCGGGAUAUGACGAUGGUAAACUUGAAUUCUACAAUUACACUACCGGUAACUUGCAACAAUCUGGACAAUCUCCCUCUUUGGCUGGCCCUGAACAAUCGGCAAUUUAUGCCUCAACUUUUGACAUGUCUGGUUUAAGAUUAUUGACAUGCCAUGGCGAUAAAAGUAUUAGAAUAUGGGGAACAUCCUAUUAA